AUGCAACUGUCACAAUCCGUCGAACGAAGUCGUGUCAGGUCAUCGAUCGUUGUUGGUGUAGGGCAAACUGAUUAGUACAACAUGAGAAUGAAAAGAGGUGCAAAUUCUAUGCGAGUCAGACGUCGCCAAAGUGAUGCCAAAUGGAGAGCUAGUGUUUCAAGUUGCUAUGACACACUGAAGUUUGUCAUCCCAGACAGUUGUAACCUACCAAGGAGAAAAUUUUCAAAGGCUCUAAUUCUGCAAGAAACAGCAAAGCACAUUAAGACACUGGAAGAAGCAGUGUCAACUCUCCUCACACAAGAAGCAAAGUUACUCAACAAGAGUGUACUUUGGAAGACUGGCAAGCAGUGGACUCCUGCAACCUUGGCACACAUCAGAAAGGAGUUUGAGGAACAGCAGGGUCAACUAUUUGAGCAAUCAACACAAGGUCGUCGACGUUACAGUAUGCUAGCAGACAUAGAGGAACAAAUUCUCCACAUGUCCGUUGAUCCAAGCAAUGUUACUGUUAUCUCCCUUGGUGGUGGAGUUCAAGACAAGGCCAGCAAGACAGGAAACAGCAAGGACAAGGGGAAAGAGGCUUGUGUCAGGAGAAAAGCUAAAAUUUUGACAAAGGAAUCAACCAAGGUGUACGAGGAGCCCCAGGCACAUUCCACCCCCUGUCCAAAGAAGCAGAGGAAACAUUCUCACUCUGUCAACAUUCAUGACUUCGAGACCCAUGAAAAUAUCCCCGUCAUUUGUGAAAGAGUCCCUAAUGCAGACCUGCUUCCAUCUAUAGCUCUUCGUCCUGACUACAAGUAUGACAUGUCACACGAUGUCCCUCUCAGUACUCCGAGUAAGCUGUGUUACCAUGGGAAUGAGGAGCUGUUUAGUCCUGUGGUUGAGUGUGGUUUCAACACUCCUGUCUACAUGAACCCCAACCCCCACAGGGUAGACACCAAACCACAGAUCACUUCACCUCGCUUCAGCAAGGUUACCAAACAGCUUGAGUUCACCAGUGAGGAUGAUCCGACCCUGAGACCAUCCUGUCACCACGACAAGAUGAGUGAGAUGACAAGUGUGUUUGGUUUCACGCCCAUCAAGCUCCUGCCAGAGCCUGGCACCAUGCCCUUCCGUCUCCCCCAUGAUCAAGUGACACAGGCAACACCCACCAUUCAGGCAGCACAAGGCCUCACUCCAGCAUUCCAGAGGAAUUCAUACCCACCUCAGACUCCAAAGAGUGAUGGUGACUGUCUGGAAUCUGGAGAUGAGGAAACCAAGAGCCUUCUGUGUUUCGAGACUUUUGAAAUGGUUUCUGAUGAUGAUGCUGGUGUGCCAGACUGGGAGAGGACACCUGAUAAGAUCAAACAUUGUGAACAAACAUCUCCUGUGGAAGAAGGGGGUAAAAAGGACCAGUGCAAGAGAAAGAUUGCUUUUGGCAAAGGGACAAACAAGACGAGGAAAUCCAGAGACAGGAUUCCAAAGUGUAGGAAGAACCUAGAGAAACUAUAUGAAACCUUUAAUAAAUUAAUCCUAAACAACUAG